UCGGUCAUCACGAAAGUAAGUUCGUGUGAUCUUGCAAGAACUUGUAGCUCAUCGAGUUAUAGAUUGGUGCUGGGAGCUAUUUGGAUUGAUCGGCACAAGGAAGUAAGUAUGAUUUUAAUUGGAGGAGGCUUUGUUCGAGUUUGUGAUGAUUUUGCGUGUGUAGAAUCCCGCUCCUAUCGAUCAAACUUGCGAAGCUUAUCCAAGUUAUGAGACACUUAGCACUAAGUAACAAACUUGUUUGGACGGCUUGGAUUGGAGGGAUCCUGGCCGUUGGUGUGGCCUUCCUUCUUGACCGUUGGGGUUAAGAAAAAAACGCUGGGGAACGUCAGGCUGGAAUCCAACCGUUGGGAUCGUGCCAUUUACAAGGAGGAACUUUAGGGUUUUUGGUUGAGAGGAAUGCGCUUCUUCUCUCGCGAGGCGUGGAUGGAUGACGACGAGGCGCCGAUCGAUGUGAUGGUCUUCGAUCGCUGCUAAGGAAUCGAGGACAUGGGGUGCGUUUCAUCGCGUUGUCUCUACUGUACACCGACAUCUGGGAGCGGCAAUUUUAGGAACUACCACCAUAGCAGCAGCAGAUCCUCACUGCUAAGGAGCGUCUCCACGCCAUUGAGAAAGCGGCGAUCUCGCGGCGGUGGACAUCACCACCACCACUUUGUUGCGCUCACGUCCACAACCUAUGGUCUACUGCGAUGGAACAGCAAUAACAACAACACUAGCAACAACAUCUCCUCGUCCCCCUCGCCAGCUCCCACGAACUACGAAGAUUGCUACUCGUCUCCAGCGAUCACGAACUAUGAGGACUGCACGGACAAGGAGGUGGUGGUCUCGAUCAAUCCAGCUCCAGCUACUGGGAAUGGAAGUCGAGGAGGAGAUGGAGGGGGGGCGGCUUUUCUUCCUCCUCAAACUUGUACUUCCAUAGACGUCUCCGGCGCAUCGGUGGCUUCAUCGUCCUCGACAGCCUGCUGCGCCAACAAGCUCGUCAGCUGUGACAAGAUCAACAAGCCCGUGGAGCCACCGGAGGUGAUCAACAUCUGGGAGCUCAUGGACGGGCUCGAGGAGGACUGCUCGAGGUCACUGCUGCUGAGCGACAGCUGCUCGUCGCCAGCCUCGGCAUCGCUGCGAAAGAAGAGCCCUUUCCUCUCGGCUCGCCACGCGGGGAAGAGGCGCCUGUACCACCGCUCGGUGUCCUGGUCGGCGGCCAUGCACUCGGCCAAAAAGCUCGACUCCAUUCUCACCAUCGAUGGGAUAUCGCCCGCUGCGCUCGAGAAGGUGCUCAAGGAGAUCUACAACUUCUACGUAAACAGCCGGUGCCGGAACCGCAGCUGCGGCAAGCUCUUGUCCAACUCUCCUUCUGCUCGUGUCGUUCCCAGUGUUCCAACUGCGAAGAAGACCAACGCCGCCUCCACUGGCACCAAGAAGGCCAAGAAAACGGCCACCUUUGCGUCCGGGAACAAGGAGAACAGCGCGCCAAAGUUUGAUCGGACUCCUCGCAAGCAGCAGCAGGGGCCGAGCACGCCGACGAGAACGCCAUUAACUUCUCUGGUGACGAGGAAGGGGCCGGGAGAGGAGCUGUCACCUUUGUUUCGACGAGGGAGCAGCGUGGCGGAGAAAAAAUGCGGCCUUGGGAUGAGAAGGCCGUGUAAGUGCUGCUGCUAUUGCUCCACCACCGACAGAGGCCAAAGGAAGCAAAACGAGUACCUUGUGGGCGGUGACGGUGGCGCUAGUGGGGACAUAAAGAGCCCCAUGCACGCGAGCGGGCCUCUGUUUGAUCCGGAGCUCCUGGCCUCGAUCGAGCGAGCUUUCCAGAGCCUGUCCGCCGAGGAGUGGUGCUCCGGGAAAGAGGACGACUUAACGACGACAGCUGGGACAGCAACAGCUUACUCCGAUGAAUCGAGCAACGAAGAGGCGCCACUCAUCAAAGGGCCGCGUUACAACUCCAUCCCGGCCAAAGGCAGCGGCAAAGGUGGCAGUACCGCGAAGUCUUCUCCCUCGUCCGGCCUGGUGCUGUGGGACAGCUUCUGGACGUUCCGCGACAGCCUCGCGGCCUCGGGCACGGCCAAGAAGAUCUCCUUCUCCAAAGUUCUCGCGUCUCCAAUGGAGAAGAUGGGACUCCUCGACAGCGAGGAGGACGAGGACGAUGCAAAGGAUCCUCUGGAGCGAUUCGAGUUGCGGUGCCCGCCAGGGGGAGAGAACAACGUCGUCCUCUACUGCACCAGCCUGAGGGGGAUCCGGAAAACUUACGAGGAGUGCCACGGCGUCCAGAUGAUCCUGCACAGCCUGGGGGUCUACAUCGACGAGAGGGACGUUUCCAUGCACUCGGACUUCCGCCUGGAGCUGAAAGAGCUGCUGGACAACAUAGAGCCCGCGGCGGCGUGCUGCGUUCCACGGCUGUUUAUCCGGGGGCGCUACAUUGGUGGCGCGGAGGAGGUGAGGAGGCUACAUGAGGAAGGCAAGCUCGUGAAGAUGCUUGAAGGGAUCCGGAAGGAAGACCCGUUUAGCGUCUGCGAUGGCUGUGGCGGGCUCCGGUUCAUUCCCUGCCUCGAGUGUAGCGGGAGCUGCAAGCUGGUGGUUCGUGAUCUUCCCAGCGGGAUGAGCCAGGUGAGCCGCUGCCCGGAUUGCAACGAGAAUGGACUCAUUCGCUGCCCGAUUUGCUGCUAGCGCAUCCCGGACUCUCUCUCCACAGCUUUUGUAAAGUAGUAGACGAUGGACGCAGUUUUCGCGAGAUC